AUGGAGGACGGGUAUUCGAGUGAGGAAGAACCCGAAUCGGGUGGCCAUGAUUUUGUGUUUGUAGACGAGUUGUCUCCCGGCCAAACGUGCCCAAUUUGUCUUGUGGCAAUGUGCAACCCCGUACAGACGGUUUGUGGCCAUCGCUUUUGUGAAAGCUGUCUACAGGGGACAUUCAGGGAAGGAGCUGGCCGGGUUUGUCCACAAGAUAGGAUUUCUAUUCCUGAAGAUGGUGGGUAUUUUCGUGACGUGGCGUGGGAGAGGGAUAUCCUUUCUCUACGAGUCAAAUGCAAGAUGAGUGAGAGAGGAUGUGAUUGGACCGGAAUGCUCCGUUACUAUGAGGAUCACUUUCAGUUGUGUGAAUAUGAGGAUGUUUUUUGUGAUGAUUGUAACGAAGAGUUGCAAAGAAGGUCCCUAAACACGCACCAAACUUCAGAAUGUCACAACAGGAUUGUGCAAUGUGAACACUGCGCAAUGGAGUUUGCCUUCAGGCUUACAGAGAGUCAUGAAUAUGAAUGCCUGCGUUGGCCGCUCGAUUGUCCUCAAGAAUGUGGAAUACUCGGGAUACCUCGAGAAGAGGUGGAGUCCCACGUAAUGAAUGAUUGUAUGAUGACAAUGGUCCUUUGUCCUUAUGAGGAAGCAGGAUGUAACUUUUAUGACGAGAGAAGCAAUUUAAAAGCCCAUAUUGAUGCGUCACGUGAGGAACAUCUGAGCAAAACUUGGUCCAAGCUGCUUAAGACAACAGAAAGGGUAAAUGAGUUGGAGCAAGUGAAACUUCACAUGCAAACCGAUAUAGACACAGUGAAAAAGUCAUUGGAAGAAGCCAAAGAAGAUGUGGCACAACUUAAGCUGUCAGAGGCGGAGAGAAAACUUGAAAAUCUGAAAUUGAAAAAAGAUGUGCUUGAGCUGCAAAUGAAGCUUAAAGACUCGCAUCACAAUGUCAAUUUACCAAGAAAGCAGGAUUUCGAUCGGUGUAUAAAGAUAGAGGAAUUGUCCUGUAGCGACACUGAAGAAGAUUUGAAGGAUGAAGAAACAACUAAAUCAUCAAAAGCCACUAAAUAUUAUCUCUCCAAACCUGUGGUUGGUCGCAGCAAACCAAACGUGAUACCUAAGUUGAAUCCUAAAGGAGCAGCCCGGAAAGUUUCAAGUCGAAAUUAA